UCGGGUGCGGCGGGGGGGGGAAGUAUGUUGUGUUUUGGUAAGACGAUUGCUCUGCCUGCCUCUCUGUGGGAGAUCUGCAGGGUGGGCACAAGUCACUGCGGGGCUGCCGUCGGUUCUCCAGCGAUGAUGCUGUCCGGUCGCGGCCUUAUCUCUGUGGCAAAGAAGCUUCUCGAGGUCAGCCGAAGUCCCUGCCCAUCCACUACAACUCAAUCAAACUCUCGACGGAUACUGCUGCAACGAGCCUUCGCUGCUGCCACCAGUAGGGAGGUCUACGGCGGCGGGUCUGCCCUCACCGGCGACUCGGCGAAGGUGGAGCCGCUGCCUUCUGGCCUCCGGCAUGACCUGAUGCCGAGGCACGUGGCGGUAAUCAUGGAUGGCAAUUCCGGGUGGGCGCGCCGCCGGGGGUUGCCUGUAUCGUCAGGCCAUGAGGAGGGAAUGCGGUCGUUGUGGGAGCUGACUGUCCUCUGCGGCAAAUGGGGGAUCACAGUUCUUACAGCUUUUUUAUUCUCUUAUGAGAACUGGUCUAGACCCAAGAAAAGGGGUGAAAAUAUCCAUGAUAGGAGACUCGUCGAAACUUCCCGAGUCAUCCCAACAAGUAGUGGCUGAGGCGGAGCGGUCGACAAGAGAGGACUCCCGGCUCCACCUCGUUCUCGCAAUUAACUACAGCGGGGAAAUCCGACAUAGCUCAGGCGUGCAAAAGCAUUGCUCACAGAGUGAAAGAUGGUGUCAUCCAUUUGGAAGACAUCGAUGAGAGACUGAUCGAGGAGGAACUGGCAACGAGCUGCGCUGAUUUUCCCUGUCCAGAUUUACAGACACGGACAAGUGGCGAGCUCCGACUCAGUAACUUCUUGCUGUGGCAGCUGGCCUAUUCCGAGCUUUUCUUUGCCAAAGCCCUCUGGCCUGAUUUUGGCAGAGCCGAAUUUGCGGAGGCCUUAUGUUCAUUUCAGCAGAGGAAGAGACGGUUUGGUUCGAGGGAUUCAUGAUACCAACUAUGGAGCAGCAUCGUGUUAACCUCUCUACAUUGCAAACGUUUGCGUUUAUCUCGACCGUAUCAGAAGACAAUAUUAAGUUUUAAAAUGUUGAAUUCGGGUUUGUAUCAGCAAUCAGAUUGUUUGGUCCGUCUACUUUUAUGCAAGUAAUGAAUUUAGUCGGUAGUGGAAGCCGGAUCUUCUCAAGUACAUGGCCUAACAUGGCAUUAAAAGGAAGUUGGACUUCUCCUUUUCCUGGCAAA